ACAACUGCCCCACCCUCAACAACUGUCCCACCUUCAACAACUGCCCCACCUUCAACGACCAAGGAGGUAACAACAGUUGUGACCACUACCCCUGAAUCUACCACAAAGGAAGUCACCACAGUGCAGUCUACAACAGAAGCCUCCACGACAGAGGCUAGAACCACUGUUGUGAGUACUACUGUUACUUCAACUGUACCAUCAACUACUGAGGCACCAUCAACUACUGAGGAGGUGACAACCACUGUUGUGUACACAACUACUCCAGAGUCAACUACAGUUGAAGAGACGACUACAGUACUGAGCACCACUGAAGAAAGUACAACUGGUCCUCCAAGUACAACGGAGAAGUCAACUACUCGUGUGACAACUACUGAGGCUCCCUCAACAACUGCCCCACCUUCAACAACUGCCCCACCCUCAACAACUGCCCCACCCUCAACAACUGCCCCACCCUCAACAACUGCCCCACCUUCAACAACUGCCCCACCUUCAACAACCAAGGAGGUAACAACAGUUGUGACUACUACCCCUGAAUCUACCACAAAGGAAGUCACUACAGUGGAGUCCACAACAGUGUCAACUACUUCACCACCAUCAACUACUCCAGAGGUAUGUGCGGAUGAUCUUGACAAAUUGCCAAAUGUGACGAUAAUACGCGAAGACCCAGAAUCAGGCAAAGAAUUACCUCCGACUGAAUGGUGGCGGCCUAGCAACCCACCCAACGAUGUUACAUCACCACACAAUGGAUCAUGUUUGGGGGUUACCUUCAGCCCACGGGUUGAAAUCACGUCGGUCAUCAUAAAGACAGAACAAGGCCCACCGGGAGACAUAACUGUUUCCUUCAAAUUUCAACCAGGUGACAGGCAACCAUACAUACCUCUAGUAGAUGAAGCUGGCUCUCCUAUCUUUAUUGGCAAAACAGAUCAAAAGAUCUAUCUACCAUCCAGUAUGGCGUUGGUGACGGGACUCAAAGUUUGCAUCAUCACCUCAAACCCAGAUGGUUACAAAGUGAUAUUCAACGGUUGUGAACACGGAGUGACUACAACCAAAGCACCCUCAACAACAGAGGCACCCUCAACAGAAGCCUCAACAACCAAGGCUAGAACCACUGUUGUGAGUACUACCGUUACUUCUACUGUACCAUCAACUACUGAGGCACCAUCAACUACUGAGGAGGUGACAACCACAGUCGUGUACACAACUACUCCAGAGUCAACUACUGUUGAAGAGACAACUACAGUACUGAGCACCACUGAAGAAAGUACAACAGUUCCUCCAAGUACCACAGAGAGGACAACUACUCGUGUGACAACUACAGAGGCCCCUUCAACAACUGCCCCACCUUCAACAACUGCCCCACCUUCAACGACUGCCCCACCCUCAACAACCAAGGAGGUAACAACAGUUGUGACCACUACCCCUGAAUCUACCACAAAGGAAGUCACCACAAUGCAGUCUACAACAGAAGCCUCCACGACAGAGGCUAGAACCACUGUUGUGAGUACUACCGUUACUUCUACUGUACCAUCAACUACUGAGGCACCAUCAACUACUGAGGAGGUGACAACCACUGUUGUGUACACAACUACUCCAGAGUCAACUACAGUUGAAGAGACAACUACAGUACUGAGCACCACUGAAGAAAGUACAACAGGUCCUCCAAGUACAACGGAGAAGUCAACUACUCGUGUGACAACUACUGAGGCUCCCUCAACAACUGCCCCACCUUCAACAACUGCCCCACCUUCAACAACUGCCCCACCUUCAACAACUGCCCCACCUUCAACGACUGCCCCACCUUCAACGACCAAGGAGGUAACAACAGUUGUGACCACUACCCCUGAAUCUACCACAAAGGAAGUCACCACAGUGGAGUCUACAACAGAAGCCUCAACAACAGAAGCUAGAACCACUGUUGUGAGUACUACCGUUACUUCAACUGUACCAUCAACUACUGAGGCACCAUCAACUACUGAGGAGGUGACAACCACUGUUGUUUACACAACUACUCCAGAGUCAACUACAGUUGAAGAGACAACUACAGUACUGAGCACCACUGAAGAAAGUACAACAGCGGCACCCACAACAACUGAGACAACCACAGUCCGUGUAUCCACCACUGAGGCUCCAUCCACCACAGCUCCUCCAUCCACCACUGAGGAAAUCACCACAACUGUUGUGAGCACAACACCUGAGUCAACUACAACACAGACCACAACGGUGAAGUCAACCACAGUACAACCCACAGAAUCUACAACAAUUGUUAGUACAGUCGGAACCACCACAGUACCAUCAACAACUGGUGUGCCAUCAACAACUGAGGAGGUUACCACCACAACUGUGAUAAGCACCACUCCAGAAGUAUCAACCACUGAGAAGGUCACAACAGUCGUUAGCACCACAGAAGCCUCCACAACUGAGGUUCCACCAACCACAACUGAAAGGACAACCACACAUGUUGUAACCACCAAGGAACCCUCUACCACUGCCCAGCCAACAACCACUGAAGAAGUAUACACAACAGUUGUUACCACUACUCCUGAAUCAACUACGGAAGAGAGAACAACUGCUCAGUCCACAACAGAGAUGGAAACCACGAGAGCAUCUACGACUCGAGAAGUAACCACAACCGCAGGGUUGACAACUGCGGAACUUACCACCAUUGCUGUGACCUCUUCUACACCACAGCAAACAACCACAGAGGAGUUGACCACUGUGUUGGUAACUACAUUGGCAGGCACGACAGCGGCACCCACAACAACUGAGACAACCACAGUCCGUGUAUCCACCACUGAGGCUCCAUCCACCACAGCUCCUCCAUCCACCACUGAGGAAAUCACCACAACUGUUGUGAGCACAACACCUGAGUCAACUACAACACAGACCACAACGGUGAAGUCAACCACAGGUGCUUCUACAACAGAAAAAACAACAACCCAAACGACUUCUAAAAUUGCCACCACAAUCCCUUCAACUUCUACAGCCCCAACAACUACUGAGAAAAAGACCACCAUAGUUGUUUCUACAACUACCCCUGAAUCUACAACUGAGGAAGAAACCACGACCAUAGCGACAACACAGGAAUCUACCACUGAGGCCCCUUCAACUACCCUUGGGCUGUCAACAACUGCCUUGCCAUCAACCACAGCUCAGCCCUCCACAACCAAGGAAGUAACCACAGUUGUUAGCACCACCCCUGAGGCGACAGCAACCGAAACGACCACAGUGGAAACUACCACCUUGAUUUCUACUACAGAGGAAUUAACGACUACAACCAUCGUAACAACUCAAGAAAGAACCACUGUGCCAACAACCACUGAGACCCCAAGUACUACCGAGGAAGUGACAACCACAACGUUGAUCACCACAUCUCCUGAGUUAACAACAACAGAGGAGUCAACAACAGUAGUCACUACCACUCAAGCACCACCCACCACAGGAUUAAUAACUACCGAAGCCCCAUCAACUACUGUGAAAGAAACCACUAAGGUGACAACAGAGGGGCCAACAACAGUGAAAUCUACUACGACUGAGAAAGUGACCACCUCAGAAGGAACAACUGUGACUGUCACAGAAACUACCACAGAAGGUGGAACAACUGUAACUGUAACAACAGCAGGGAACGGACCCCCACCUGUCUGCAAAUUUAAUGAUCAGGAGUAUAACAAAGGCGAAUUCAUACCCACUGGUAGACCUUGUACUGUGCUUAUUUGCGGAGAGGAUGGAAAUAUUAUACCAGAGGAUGUAAUCUGUAACCGAACAUGUCCGAAUGGGAAACUGUUGGAAGUAAGCCCGGACAGGUGCUGUCCUGUUUGUGUUCCGAAUGAGGAGGACUGCUUCUUUCGCAAGCAUCCCAACUACGUUGUAAUUGACGAAUGCUUGUCUGAGGGACGCAUCCCGUACACGGAUUGUGAGGGCACCUGCGGCUCCAACACCCGUGUGACCAUGUUGCCAUACCCCAACAUCAAGUUCAACUGCGGCUGCUGCAAACCCUCAAAACUUGAGCAGAAUUACGUCACGAUGAAGUGCAACAACGGGACCCAGUUUGUCCACCCAUAUUAUGAGAUAAAAGCUUGCUCGUGCAGCUCAUGCGAAUAUGAUCCGAUGGAAACGCUGAUUGCCAACCGCAUCGUUUUUCCUUAGGAGGGAGUCAAUUAACCUUGUUAUAUUUUUCUGAACAGCCUUCAUUUGUCAUGUUCUUUUAAUCUUAACAAUAAAUCGCGACUUUGAAAGUAUAAAGUCAUGAUCAAUAAUUUCGACUCAUUCGAAUGACGAGUCAUUCUCUCAACUAUUGUUAAUUAAGAGUACAGUAAAUAUCAUCCAUCUUGUCAAACUAGCAGCAUUACCGAAAGAAAGGCUGUGCCGCGCAUGUUUAGUUAUAUAUUUGUAUAAUGAAGCCUGAGAGUUAAAUGAAUACUAUAUGACAUCAGAUUGAAAAGAAAUUGUUUUAAAUCUUUGCUAGAUCUGCAUUUUUUGCUUGAUUAGUUAUGUUUCAAAUUUGCUUUCUUGUCCUUCAAUUAAGAAUCGGUAAAACAUAAUUAACCACUGCAGGUUCUCUUCAAUUGACAGGUUUCUGUAAACAAACCAUAUCAAUUAAAUUACCAAUGCAAAAAAUGCAUGCGAAUGUUUUGAAGUUGACUUUAUUUACACCGAUGUAAUUUUUGUUUUCAAUUUUUUUCAAUUAAGAAAGAAUGAGAGUUUCAUUAGUGUUUUUGUUUGUUUACUAACUAGUUCUUCUAAAGGAUGCUCUCAUUAAGAUGUGGGUCGUUUAUGACGAUUUUGUUUUUCAAACAUGUUCACAUGUGCUAUGUAGUAGACAGUUCCCCACUUUAUCUGGGAGAGAUCCCAUAAAAAAAGCGCAUAUGUAAACAAAGCCAUUAUGUCAUUACGUCUCGGGUCUUUUGGCAGAUCGAAUUGUCUGCGCCACUUCUCACCAACUAGAACAAGUUUCCCCAAUCAGUCUCGUACCUUGAAGUCAUUGUGUCCUCUAUAUCCUCCCUAGUUGUCCUGCACAACCUAGGAUCAAAUAAGAUUCUAUCCCAUCCAAACCGCAUCGCCACAUGACUCCUUUUAGUUUAUUCGUCAGCAAAUUAUAAUAGAUUUUUCUCACGUUCCUUCACGAGGUUGUGAGUGUUACAAGCAGCAUCAAAUAAAUUUACAAAAACAUAAAUGAUAUUUUUGUUGAUAUCACGAUACUUUUGAUAAUCCCUGAUACUAACAGCUCAUGCGAGCCAAUUAUUUUAGAAAACAAGGAGAGCGUGGAAUAGCAAAGAACAAGCUUUUCAAGUUAUUAUCAUAGUUUUUAAAUUUAUUGUACUAUUUUAAAGUUAUAUAACUACUCAGUUGAGUUUCUUUAUUUCCGUUUGAACUGAUAAAAGUGCAUUUUUUUUGCUUGUAGAUUAAAAUAAAAUUACUUCUUGCAAAUGAG